AUGAUAAAACCUACAGUAAUUUUACAAAAGAAGGAAGAGUACACUAGCAAAAAAGAUAAAAAUUUCAACGUAAUUAAUAGUAGCAGUAAAAGUAAGAGAAAUGAAUUAAAUAAACCAUUGCUGGAAUAUUUGAUUGAUUUUACCACAACAGAUUCAGAUUUUUCGGAUGAAGAUAUAAGAAAUGAAGCUAAUCUUGUGAUAAUUGCGGGAUAUGAAACGGCAGCAAUUGCGUUAAGUUAUGUUCUGCUAAAUUUAGCUUUACAUAAAGAUAUUCAAAAUAAAGUUUGUGAUGAGCUACUUGAAAUAUUGGAAGGUGAUUUAGAUCGCACAAUCGAUUUAGAUGAUUUACCAAAACUGAAAUAUAUGGAAAUGGUUAUAAAUGAGUCAAUGAGAUUAUAUUCACCUGGACCAACAGUAACCAGGCAACUAACAGAGGAUAUUAAAUUUGAUAAUUGGUUGAUACCUAAAGGAGCUUCAUGCGUUGUUUCAAUAUUUUCAUUACAUCGCGAUGGUAACGUUUGGAAAAAUCCAUUAAAAUUUGACCCAGAUCGUUUCACACCGGACAGCUCUAAAACACGUCAUCCGUAUGCCCAUAUACCAUUUAGUGCUGGCUCAAGAAAUUGUCUUGGUAAAUGGUAUGCUUGGAUGUUUAUGAAAGCAGUAUUAGCAACAAUAUUGAGUCGCUAUGAAUUUCAUACUGAUUUAAAUGAAACUGAAUUACAAUUUGAAAUGGCGGUUUCAUUGAAGCUAAUUGGUGGCCAUCAAGUUCGGAUUACUCCUCGUUAUAAAGAUUUUUCAAAAUUCAAAUAA